UCAUCAGCACUGUUUUUUAAUUACAACACACAAUUAGGUCCUCCUUAUCAUGUAUUACUGGAUACCAACUUUAUUAAUUUUUCUAUUAAAACCAAAUUAGAUGUGUUUAAAUCAAUGAUGGAUUGUUUAUACGCUAAAUGCAUACCGUAUAUAACAGAUUGUGUGAUGGGAGAAUUGGAAAAAUUAGGCAGAAAAUAUAAAGUAGCAUUAAGAAUUAUCAAAGAUCCAAGAUUUAAAAGAUUACCAUGUUUACAUAAAGGUACCUAUGCUGAUGAUUGUUUAGUACAGAGAGUAACAGAGCAUAAAUGUUAUAUAGUAGCUACCAAUGAUAAAGAUUUAAAAAGAAGAAUAAGAAAAAUACCAGGAGUUCCUAUAAUGUACACAACAAGAAGGAAAUAUUCUAUAGAAAGAAUGCCAGAUGCUUAUGGUGCACCAAGUGUCUAA